UCCACCUCCACCAGUGGGUGCGUGUAUGUUUGUGUGCAUGUGUGUGCGCAGGGGGCAGCGGGAUGCCACGACCAUCGGGCUUUGAGUCAUGUGUGCACACUCCACGGAGAGUUUGGAGGGUUUGCCGCAAACUUUCAUGAAGAGGAAAAAGUGUCUGGAUUAGGGACUUAUCAAGGCCAACCAGAGGUGAAGUAUGGACGACAAAGUGGAAUCAUUGAACAGCAGAGGUGAGAGUCCUCAGAGCCCGACUCAACUGACAGGAUUGGGGACGAGCUGUCUCGUCAACCAAAAGUAUAGACACAGUGGGCCGGGCCUCGCUAGUCCUCAGGAGUACAACCAGUGGCUGCCUUUCCGUCAUGACGCCAGCCUGCUGCCAAUGAAAGAAGAUCUGGCUCUCUGGCUCAACACCAUCAUGGGUGUGGACCUCACCGCCGACAGUCUAAUGGACAGACUGGACAAUGGUGUUCUUCUUUGUCAAACGGCCCAGUUCCUCCAAGACAAGAUGAGCCACAGUAACAACGGCAAGCCUGUCCCUAGAAGAGUGAUCCACUGGAGAGCCGAUGCAACGUCAGGAUCAUUUUUUGCCAGAGACAACACAGCAAACUUCCUCUAUUGGUGUUGCAAGAUUGGUGUCGACAGCGCCCACCUUUUUGAAUCCGAGGAUUUGGUCCUCCACAGACAACCUCGGGAGGUGUGCCUCUGCUUGAUGGCGCUGGGAAGGAUUGCCGCCAGGUAUGGAGUGGACCCUCCAAACCUAGUGAAGUUGGAGAGCGAGAUAGAGAGGGAGGAGGCUGGGCACACAUCUCCAUCGGACCCGCUACCCUUCUCCUUUUUUCCAUCCCCUUCACUUUGCUCACGAUCACCGACCACUCCUUCCUCGCCGGCGCCCCUUACUCCAAGUAUAACCCCUCUUCGUGAAGACCACACCCACCUCGUCACCUCUGAUCAUCCAUCAGCCACCACAGACCCAAUGCCCAUAUGCUUACCCCCACCGCAGUCCUACUUGUCUGGCCCUAAACUCUGCACAACUUCCACACAAACCUCCAACAGCACAUCUACAGCUUCGCUUGGCCACACCCAAACGGCUACGGCGGCAACACCUCCUACAGCUUCUCGGCCGCCAAACCCGAACUAUCAUUCCAAAUUCAGCAGCCGAAAGAGCAACAGCACACCCAACAUUUUGGAUGACAUUGUGAGAAACAUUAUCGAAAAUCCACCCUGCAGCUGUCCGAGCAGGUUUCCCAUUGAAAAGCAGCCCAAAGGCUGUUAUCGUGUCGGGGAAAAAGUUCUUUACAUACGAAUGCUGAACGAGCGUCACGUUAUGGUACGCGUGGGUGGAGGCUGGGAGACUUUUUUAAGCUACCUGCAGAAACAUGACCCCUGCAGAGGAGGACCGGUGGUCAGGGGCUGUCGGGCCAAAGUAAAGCCACUCGCUUGUCACAUGUCCCCCGACAGCUACAUGGUGGUGAGCGCCCAUUACCGCGGAAAGAAGUAGGCUCCUUCGUCCAAGCCAGAGGGGUCCAAAGUGCGGGGCCAUUUUUGACUACAUAUUUUAAAAAUAACAAAGAUAACAUUUUUAAACAAAAAAUUUAAUAAAAGAGCUUUGGGAGAGUGGCCGUGUCAGCAACCUGGUUCGAUCCCCACCUUCUACCAACCUCGUCAUGUCCGUUGUGUCCUUGAGCAAGACACCUCACCCUUGCUCCUGAUGGGUCGCCAUCAGUGUGUGAAUGGGUGAAUGUGGAAAUAGUGUCAAAGCGCUUUGAGUACCUUGAAGGUAGAAAAGCGCUACACAAGUAUAAGCCAUUUAACCUCUUAAGCCCCAAGCUGUUUGUUUACAUGCUUUUUUAAAUUUCUCUUUGCUAUUUGGGCUUAUUGGACCGUAAUUAGAAUAAAAACUAAGAAUCAUCUUUUUAUAGGAUGUACUUAGUCUAUAAGUAAUAAACGUGUACUUCAUGUUUAGUUACAUGCUUAUUCCUAUUUCUACACUUUUUUUUUCCAAAAUUCCAUUGUAUGUUAUACUCUUCUGACACCACCAGAUGGCAGUAUAAGUGUCCACAUAAGUGGCCAUAAGACCCCAAUUCAGUAGUGUACACAAUAUUGGCAAUAAGAGUUAAAAGGUGCUGUCCACGCAUGUGGCCACUAAGGACUUUAGAGGUUAAGUGAAAUGUAAUGAGAAAAACACAAAGCUACCGUGGAGACAGUUUUUUUUUUUAAACAGUCAUUACUCAAAAAUAAUAAUGAAUCAAAAGUAUUGUUGUUAUGAAUUAUUGACCAAUUUAAGGUUAUAAUUACUUCCCAUUAAAUAAUUGACUUUGGAAUGGGUUUUUUGGGAGCAAAAAUAUUGCAUAUUUUGUGUGUUUGACAUUAAAAAAAAAAGAAAAACACAAAUCUACCAUGCAGAAAUUUUUUUGGAACAGUCAUUACUCCAAAAUAAUAAUGAAUCAAAAUUAUUGUUGUUAUGAAUUAUUGACCUAUUUAAGGUUGUAAUUACUUCCCGUCAAAUAUUCCACUUUGGAAUGUUUUUUUUUUUAAAUAUUGCAUAUUUUGUGUGUUUGACAUAAAAAAAAAAACACAGAGCUACCAUAUAGACAGUUAUUUUUAACUGUCUUUACUCAAACAUAAUAAUCAAUCGAAAUUAUUGUUGUUAUGUAUUAUUUAUCAAUUCAAGGUUCUUAUUACUUCCCAUCAAAUAUUCCACUUUGGAAUGUUUUUUUUUUUUUUCCGAAAAAUAUUGCAUAUUUUGUUUGUUUGACAUAAAAAAAGAAAAACACAAAGCUACUCUGCAGACAGUUUUUUUUUUUUUAACUGUCAUAACUCAAAAAUUAAAAUGAAUGAAAAUUAUUGUUGUUAUGAAUAAUUGACCAAUUUAAGGUUCUAAUUACUUCCCAUCAAAUAUUCCACUAUGGAAUGUUUUUUUUUUUUGGGGUGGGGGGGUGGAAUAUUGCAUAUUUUGUUUGUUUGACAUAAAAAAAGAAAAACACAAAGCUACGCUGCAGACAGUUUUUUGUUUUUUUUAACUGUCAUAACUCAAAAAUUUAAAUGAAUCAAAAUUAUUGUUGUUAGGAAUUAUUGACCUAUUUAAGGUUCUAAUUACUUCCCAUCAAAUAUUCCACUUUGGAAUGUUUUUUUUGGGGGGGGGGGGAAUAUUGCAUAUUUUGUUUGUUUGACAUAAAAAAGACACAAAGCUACCAUAUAGAUAGUUGUUUUUUUUAACAGUCAUUACUCAAAAAUAAUAUUGAAUCAAAAUUAUUGUUGUUAUGAAUAAUUGACCAAUUUAAGGUUCUAAUUAC